AUCUCUUCAACUGAGAGAGUCCAACAGGUAGAGAAAGAAUUAGCUGCGCAGCUGGCUGAACUGAAGAGAGAAAUUGAAGGAAAUGGGAUCUUACAGGGAACUCCACAUUGUUCUGUGUCUCUUCCAAAAGACAUUGAUUAUUUCAGAAAAGAAAGGGAGUGGACACUGAAAAAAUGUUUACAGGUUGCAGAGGCAAAGCCUCUUGUAAUUCAAACUGAUGUCCUGAAGAGGGAGCUAGAUAGCUGUCUAAAAAGAGAAUAUACACCGGAAAGUUUACCCUUGUUGUUGUAUCAGUUUUUUAUCGACAGGAUCCCACAGUUAGUCCAAAGCAAAUACUUACAUAUGCUAAGAUGGAAAAGAUUUUGUCAGCACAGUAGUGUUAUUGAACAACUGUACCCUUUUUACCAGAAACAAGUGGCUCAAAUUAUGCAGGAGUAUAAUGAUGCCAUUCAAAGGGCUGCGAGACUCUCCAGUGUACGAGAGAGCUUUCUGACUGGAAAAGAAAUUCCUAUAAACCUGGUGACCCAGGAAGAUUUGAUGAUCUACACACAAUGGCUGAUAUGUCAUUUGCAUUCACUUAAAACCAUCCAUGCCUAUCUCCAGGUACUCCAAUACUUGCCUAUCUCUCAUAGGACAGAGGUAACCAUUGGCAGACAUCCAUUUCAAGGUGAUGGACAUAAAGCCAAAGCUUCUGGAAAAAUGAAUUUUUUGUCUCCCAGGAUGCAGGUCUCUGUCCACCCUAGCACUUUAACCAUGGAGGAAACCAUUGCAAAGAGUGCACUUCCCCAACACACCGCAGAAAUGGACGAACUGAAACCACAGCUCAGACUUCUGCUUUCUCAACUGGAUAUUAAUUAUGAUGUAGAGAAUGUGAGACAUUCUGCAAAUGAGAUGGAACUUUUUUCCAUGGUCAAACAUAAAUUUAGGAACAUUUUCAAUAAACAACAAACAAUGAGAACAUUUCCUGUUUAUGAUGCUGGAACCCCUGGAUCAGAAAAAUUGGGCAUAAUGAACUCCAACGUUACUUUGAAAAAGAGAGCAAAUUGGACCUCUUUUAUAAAGAUUAAGCCUCGACAAGAUCCAUGGCAACAAAAACAAUUGAUAAAACUUAAACAGUGGGAAAGGGUAGAUGAACAGCUACAGAUUCAAUCAAAAUUGUUACAGGCUUCCAAUCUGGAGUAUGUGAUGGAGGCUCUCCAGGAGCAAGCGGUAGCCAUGCUCGAACCACCACCAAUGACAUCUGCCUUUAUGACUUCUUUCCGUUCAAAACAUUACAGUCAGAUCUGGGAAAAGCUUUAUCGUAACCCAGAACUCUAUCAGGGGCAACAAACGAAUGACAAUAAUAACAAUCAUAUUGUGGCAAUUGAUGGAAAAAGCAUGGAAAAUAUCAACUUUAGAGAAGGUUCUGCUUUUUCAGGAAAGAGGAAACAUGGAAGCGAAUUGACUGUCUCAGAGCUGCUAGGUUUAGAUGAAGACCUGGAAGCACCCAGCAAAGACCUUUCCACAAGAAAAGGUGGAUACUUGUCUGUCCUUUAUUUACGCCACUUGAGAAUCAGAGAAUUACAGAGAAUUUGCUUGGGAAUCCUCAACUAUUUCCGAUCCAUUGAAAGAACUCUGACCAUCAGCACCUCAGGUCUCGCCUCGCGUAGCGGACAUCUGAUUUCCAGUGCAGAAGAUGCCAGCUGGGUGAACGCAGCCAAAGGAGGCACUGGCGCCUUUGGGGGUCUCAGCUCACACUCUUACAUGCAUUACACUCCAGCUGACUAUAAGGUCCACAGUGUGCAGUUCAUGGAGUUUGCUGAGGUGGAGAACCAUGAUGAUUUUUACACUGUUGAAGAGGCAUACAUUCAUACCCAGGAUCAGAGAGGGGCUUUUGUAAUGUAUGAUGUGGCCCUCCAAGACCUGAAAAAGACAGAAACGCAUCUUUUGCUUGUGGCAAGCCAGUACAUUGAGGUGGGAAAUGGCCAAAAAGCAGGGCCUGAUUCCUCUAGCAACAGCUGCUCAAGGCGGGCACAAUCAGUGGAUCGAUCGGCAGUCUUGCUUGACCUUUGGACCUGUGAAGCAGAUUUCUUAAAAAAUAAGUGGCAGCUUCUUGAUAGUUACUUUGAAGUAUACCAACAUGCUUUAGAUUCAGAAGAAAGAUUUGCAUUGGCCCAAGUAAUAACUAAUAUCAUGUACAGACGUCCUCGAUUUGAUUUCCACCUUGGGUAUUUUGUGAACACUUACAGAGAUGAAUGCACUUGUCUAAAGCUUCACCUCUGCUUGGUGAGAGACAUUAUGAACCGACAGAUAGAGAAUCAGCGUAAAUAUAAUUAUAAAAUUUGGCGUGGUGGUCCUAAAGGUUGUAUCUCUGAAUUUGGCUUUCCCCCACAUAUAGUUACAAAACAAUUAAUUGCUCUCAGUAACAGCCCGUGAGUAUCAUUUGUCUCUCUAAUAUGGCACAUAGGUUUAUAAUGGAGCUCAUGUUUGGUAUUGUUGUUUAAUAAGAAACUCACACAAGCAAAUUCCAUUGUUUAUUCCCCUGGGUUCAAGCAAUUCUCAUUUAAACGAAUCAACCAGCCAAGCCAUAUGACAAAAUAGCUUUCCUUAUGCUGUUCUUCCAAAAGCAAAUGGUCAUUUCUCAGACCUAGUAAUAAUAAGGCAUUAAUUCUGUGUUAAUUAAUUCAGCAUGCAUAUAUGUACCUGGGGUCAUUUCUAAAUUAAUAAUAGA